CGUCUGCACCGAAUAAGUUCGAGUCCCUCGCGUGUCACGACGCAAUGGUUGAAGUUUCUGGUGCGUUGAACGUGAUUGCUGUGUCGCUGAUGAAAAUCGCCAACGACAUUCGUUUCUUGGGUUCGGGGCCGAGGUGCGGAUUGGGCGAAUUGUCUUUGCCCGAAAAUGAACCCGGGAGCAGCAUCAUGCCUGGAAAAGUGAAUCCGACGCAGUGCGAAGCCAUCACUAUGGUGGCUGCUCAGGUUAUGGGCAAUAAUGUUGCUGUAACGGUCGGUGGCAGUAAUGGACAUUUCGAGUUGAACGUUUUCAAGCCCGUCAUUGUAGCAAAUGUGUUGCGUUCUAUCGAGCUGAUUGGCGACAGCUGCCAAAGCUUUGUCGUGCAUUGCGUCGUUGGCAUCAAGGCCAACAAGGACCGCAUUGACAAACUUCUCCACGACAGCCUGAUGCUGGUCACAGCUCUGAAUCCCCAUAUCGGCUACGACAAAGCCGCAGCUAUUGCAAAGAAGGCGCACAAGGAAGGUACCACGCUGAAAGAAUCCGCUAUUGCCCUAGGACACCUUACCGAAGAACAGUUCAAGCAGUGGGUCAAGCCUGAAGAAAUGCUUGGACCCAAGUGAUGCAAAAGAAACCAAGCAAAUAAUGUGAAAUCGAAUGAAGCUAAAAGAAAUGCUUGUGCGUAGAAUCUUCGUCGCGGAAUGAUUUAAUCUCCGUUUUUUUUUUUUNGU